GGCGGUAGUGGUGAUGACGUGACGACACAUCAAUCAAUCAAGCAACACGUACUGUAUUUUUAUGUUUUUUUCGUGUCGAUAUCUUGUUUUCUUAAUUUAAUGGCGAAGAAGCAAAGAAAAAAUGUAAUACAAACCAGCCAACUUUAGACAAGAUACAUGAAAUAUUUACGAAUUUUUAUACUGAAGUGACGAGGGGCUCUCUACCAUACUGCUUAGUGUCUGUUUUACCUGGUUUUACUGAAGAAAAGAACGAUUUAAACGAUGAAGGUCUAUAUAGUAGACAACUUCAAGAGCCAUGCUGUAAGCAAGCCUCCAAUGGUUAUAUUUGUUGGUUGUUUGAUUUCUUUUGUAAUUGUUAUGAUGUCAUUAGGCUGGUACAUUAAGGAACAUGAAGUACAAGAUUAUGAUAUUGCCCAGGACUGGAAUAGCUUUUUAUUAAGCUUUUCAGAAAAUGAUUUCUGUGUGGACAGCAAUACAUCUGUAUCAGUACAAGAAAGUCACCCAUACAUCAUCUCGAGUGAUAAUACAACAGACUCGUUUCUAAGCCAUGGUACAGAUCAGCAGCUUAAUCUACUGGAGUACGACACAAAGUUGCACAACUACUCCAUGGGAGUGUCAUUGAUCAUUGAACCUACAGAGAAAAUGCUUCUAAGCUUGCAGAAUGUCAGCUUCUUCAAAGGAAAACUCUUUGCUUCUCAGCUUGGUGUGCCAGGUAAAGAUGCGGAAAGUGAACCAGUACAUUUCCAUUUUGAACUGCCUGAACCAGUUGGAAUACAUAACUGUCUGAAGAGAAGCAUUUGUGAUAAAAUUAUUUUAAAAUCUUGUGUUACAUUCUUUGCUGUCAGAAGUGUUUUUCCUGCAAGAAGGGCACCACCUACUUGCAAUAUCACAGAAUCAAUAAGAGACUACUCCAUUGCAAGUUUGUCAAUGAAAACAGAUGCUUUGGGCGAUUGGUGUGAUAAUGGUGCAGUUGUCUACAGUGACCAUAAAUUUGAUCCUAGACUUACAGUUAUGCUCAGUUCAGCUGAGCAAUCACUUAUCAAUCUACACUUGAUGCAUACAAGUUACUUCUUAUUUGUUAUGAUAAUCACCUGCUUAUGUUAUGCAAUGUUCAAACGAAAACCUGUUAAAACUCGAGUUAUUAUUGCCACCACAUCUGAGAAAAAAGCACUUCACAACUAGGUUGCCUUAUUCUACUGUACUUGCCAUGAAAUACAAAGAAGAUAUCAGCAUUUUGGGCCGUCAAAAUUUGUAUUAUAUUACCAAGAUGUAUAUUUUGUUUAUACAGUACUGUAUUUGUGUCAAAUAGCAUCAGGGCACUUUUUUUUUAUCAAGUGAUACUUUUGAAAAUGUGUUGGUAUCUUGCCAAGUCAUCCUUUUCGGACAUUUGUUUAUUUCACAAGCUUUCUAGUUCCCUCUAAGCAUUCAUAAUUUUGCAGAAUAAUUGUUGGAAGUGUAAAUAUUUUUGAUAUAUAACAGAGAAUAUAAAUAGGUAUACAUGGACAAUUCUUUUCAUUGCAAUAUAUUGACAUAUAUCUAUAAAGAAUGAAUUAUAUACAGUAAUGCAUACUGUAUGUAUAUUCUGAUUAAGAAUAGUGUGUAAUUUCAAUAGAUAAAAAACAAUUAUUUAGCAAACAUCCAAGAGGAGAAAUUGCAAAUCUGUAUUAUUUGUGGCCGAUCGUUCACUGUACUAUAUUGUAUGUUAUGUAAUUAAUAUUACUUAUUAAUUCUUGAAGUCACAAAAAAUAAACAUUUAAGAGUCAUGAUGUUUAUAUACAGUAUACUGUAAUAUAUAGAAAGGCUUGCAUGUUGAAUUUGUUAAGCAAUAUCUUUUUUAAAUGUAGAUCAUUUGUUGGGAUUCUAGGUAAAAAGACAUUGUUCUGCUAGUCCAUACAUUCUUUGAAUUGUUGCUAUGUUUGUACACUUUCAGUGCAAGUGCUAUAUUCAAAUUCAAGUGUUUUUUUGUUGUUUUUUUUUUGUAGUUGUACUGUAAAAUUCAGCACAUUGUACUGUACUGUAUAAUAAAAUUAAUAUUGUGCAAAUACAGUGUGUUUCUGUUAUAUUUUUAUGUCAGGAGGUACAGUAGUUAGAAUCAUUGGAAUGCUAGUACAGUAUCAGUUAAGUAAUUCUAUGGUGUUUAUUGUUUGCCCAGGUAAAAAGGUACUAUGGUAUAAAAAAUAAUUACCAGGGUUCAGGUACAAUUCCGUUGCUCUCCUUUUGAUUGAGCAUGCUGAAAUGCAUAUUUACUGAUACUGUAACCAUCUUUGAAGCUAUUGUUUUUGCGUUAAUUAAGGCCUACUACAGUAUAUUUAAAGUACAAUUUAAAAAGAAUUAUACACAGUAUAGAUGAGAUUACUAAUAUACAGUAAACACUAGAUCAAUAGGAUAUUUUUAAUGGACUGCCAGUGAACAUGUCACUACAGUACUAGAAUUAAAUCAUGGAAUGUAACUAAUGUAGUGGGAAAGGUAUGUGCCUCAACUUCUUGGUACAGUACUGUAUAUAUCUAGUAAAAUUGCCUGAAUUUUUUUUUUUUUUUUUUCGGUGUCAAAAAAGCAGCACCACAUAAUCAAACAAUGCAUGCCACACUCUACUUUUGGUAAGUAUGCAUUAAUCCAGUGACUGUUGAAAAUGUAAAUAUCCUGAGGUGUUCACAUACCAGCAGACAAUACAGGUGGUACUGCAUUGCAAUAAAAAGAAACAAUUGUUUAAAUAUGUACAGUACUAUCAGUCAUGAGGGGGAAAGAAUUAAAGUUUUUAAACAUUUUAAUUCCACAUAUGAAUUGUCAAUUUGUAUAAAUUAUUAACUUAUUGAAGUUAUUAACUUAAAAUAAUCACUUGUCAAUUUUCUAGCAGUUAAAUAACAACUUUCCUGUAUUCUCUUGCAUAGAUUUUUGUAGUGAAAUAUCUGUAAAUUGGUGAAAACCACUUUUCUCAUUGGAAGCUAAUACUGUACUCUAAUUUAUUUGAUCUCUUCAAAUUGGUUAUUAAUUUUAUUUUUUAUUUUUGAGGUAUUUUCCUUCUUUUUGACUGAUAGAACUUACAACUUUUAACAUUGAAAACAAAAUUAUGUACUGUAGUCUACAUUCUGAGAGUUAUAUCGAACAUUGUACUGUUACAUUAGCUUCACAACAUAACCAUUAAAAAUAUACAGUACUGUUGC